GAAGGCGUCGAGUUAGCACGUUAACUCACUUAUUAGCUACCGUCACGUUUGCGGUUAGCAUUGCUUUGCACACUUACCCAAAUAAUUCUCUCGAUGUUUGUCCACCUUGACGUCAUCCCAGUUGAACUGGUCCUGACCUCCUCGAGACCCUCCUACCCUCGAAGAACCGAACAUUUUCGGCUUUUGUGACAAGCGAAUUGCGUUGCGUGUAUUCAAUGUAGUUAGUUAGCGUUAGCCACACGCUAGCGGGCUCCGUCGUUUUCACAUCCGGGACUUGCUUGACUACUUCCCUUAGGUUUGCUCUGCGACUUUCUCUCAACUGGGCUUUCAACAGGCGGUUAUAACUUGAUAAUAUGUGAACAUUUAUAUAAAUUAAGCUUGAGUGGUAAUGUUACGUGAAUUGAAACGUCUGACGUCAACCGUCCGCCUCGCUGUUGUUUUCAAAAUAUGUUGCGUGGCUUUAAAUCACACUUAAAUAAAUUUAAGCGCCAUCCAUUUUGGCGGAGGUUAAAAAUUGAUCAAAUGUGCCAGUGUUUUAUUCAAGUGGCCUGUAAACACGCGCAUCCCGUCGCACAUGCACCGAGCUUUGUUUAUUCGCUUGGUCGCGUGGUGAUGACGUAGACGGCCAACGCCAACGCCGAAUGUCUCUCGGAGCGAAGGAGCCCAGACGGAGCCCGAGGACGAGCACAAUCCCUCGGGGACGUCCUCAGAAGGUGACGUCCAAGUAGCCGCCGAUGUAUAUGAGAUAUUUCGCCAGGCUUUACUCAGCUAUGGCUGGACCGAGGCCUGUGGUGCUGAGCGGCCCAUCCGGGGCGGGCAAAAGCACUCUGCUCAAGAAGCUCAUGAAGGAAUACAGUGGCGUCUUUGGCUUCAGCGUCUCACAUACAACAAGAAACCCACGACCUGGAGAAGAGAAUGGCAAAGAUUACCAUUAUGUCACACGGGGAGCCAUGCAGGCCGCCAUCGAUAAGGGCGAAUUCAUCGAGAGCGCAGAGUUUUCCGGGAACAUGUACGGGACGAGCAGAGCGGCCGUGCAGGCAGUCAAGGCCCGCAACCUCAUUUGCAUACUCGACAUCGACAUGCAAGGGGUCAAGAAUAUCAAGAAGACUGACCUCAAUCCCAUUUACAUCUCCAUCCAACCUCCGUCUUUGGAACUCCUGGAAGCCCGUCUAAGAGACAGAAAAACAGAGUCAGAAGAGAGCUUGCAGAGGCGCUUGCACGCCGCCAAGGUGGACAUUGAGUUAAGUAAAGAACCCAACAUGUUUGACAUCAUCAUCGUCAAUGACAACUUGGAAGAUGCUUACGGACACUUAAGAGACGCUCUUCUUGAGGAAAUCAACAUGGUCAAGAAAAUCAACAUGUCUUCGUAGAUGUGGCAUAACACGACACCAUUCACUCCUAACUAAACCAUCGAUCUCAUCGUGAACAUUCCAUCCAAAAAAAAGUGGUCUAGAAAAAGCUCAGGCUUCCCGCAGAAUAUUUGUCCAAAUACAGUAUAUAGGUUUACAUGUGGUGUUUAGACGUAGUUAUUAUUACAAAAAGUGGAACAAGUUUUUUAUGUCGAGGAGCGCUUUCCUUUUUUUUUUUUAUAUUAUUAUUUACAUUUGUAUUCAAGAAACUGCAUUGUAAUAAAUUGUCAGCUUGCUAGGAGACUGGUACCAUAUGCAGCUUUUCGCCACCCCAGACUUAACUGAAGUAAUUCCGACACGUUGACCAACCGGUCUGUCAAGAUCAGUUAUUUGGCUGUUUGUCCUAGUGUCAUUUUGCUUUGUGUGAUUAAUCAGUGUGAAAUGUAGUGAUUACAGUUAUACUGAUGCUAAAACAAAAACAAAAAAACACAUCCAUUACAUUGUAUUUAAAGGGGAGCGUGAGUCAACUGUAAGCAUAUAUGUGUUCAACUUCAUGCUUUUUUUACUUUGUGCUAACUUUGCUAAAAAGACAUGCUUUAUUAGAAUGAGGUCCAAUGUCAGGCAAUAUUUUAUGUAUAACGAACAAUUGAGUGAUCGUGUCAGGUGUUUUUUUUUGGGAGGCGGGAGGCACAAUUAUGCUUCUUCAACAGAACAACUACAAUUUAACUUACAUUUGAAUUUAUUGCUGUAGUGGACUGUUGAGAAUUCUAACUAAAGGAAAGACAAUCAAAUGUCACACUUGAAUAUUUUAAGUCUCUUGGAAUCAUUAUUAUUGGGGACCACAUGAUACCUGAAAACUCUACAAUUGUGUACGUGCAUGUAUCUUGGUGUAAAUGUACGUAUUUUAGGUAUGCGGAACAUGAUCCCAACCAAAGACUUGCUCAGUAGAGCCUCCUGGAGUGUUUUAACAUCAACACCAUUUUCACUGACUGAGACGAAUUUUGGUGGACAUGUCUAUCAUAGCGACACUUAAAAAAAGAACGUAAGACUCCACACUUAAAUCAAUCUGAGAGCUUGUGUACUUGCGGUGGUAGGUGCUCCCGUUUUGGUUAUCAACAGAGUUAUAAUGGCCAUCAGCAUGUUAACUAAUUAUUGUCUGUGAGCAUGCAAGUGAAAUAACAACAUGAACAAUUUGUAAUCUUUUACAAACAUGGAAACAAAAGUUUUUAAUAUUCAGAUUUGAACACAUUUGAAAGACAAACAUGUUUUUCCUUCAAAAAGACAUUUAUAGUACAAGCAACUACAAUCUAUUUAGAGUGUUAUGACACCGAACUAUACAACACCCCAGAUUUUUAAUUGAGUACUUCAAUCCCUUUAAACUUAAAAACUCCCCAGUGCUUUGGAAAAGCAAAAAAAUGCAGUGAAUCAUCUAAAUGAACUGAACACGACCCUGUGAGCUCACGUUAUUGCGCUGCAUGAACAGACUCAAGACAGUCAUUGCACUAUUAAUGGGAGCAACAUGAUACAUUACUUACUCACACAAAUGAUUGAAUUCAAUUAAAUA